GCUACCUUCAAAGCCUCUGGCAAUAAACUUUUCUGAGGGACAAGGACACACAGUCACAGAGAGGAAGACUGAAGAAGACCAAGGGAUAGUGGGAUUUUAAGGGACUAACCAUCAACGGACGGAUUAUUGUACUUCACAGCAACUAAACAUGGGGAACCAGUUAACAGAAAUCGCCCCCAACACCACAUUCCUCCCCAGCUUCCAGUCGCUGCAUGUGGUGGUGAUUGGUUUGGACUCUGCAGGGAAAACCUCCCUCCUCUACAGGCUCAAGCUGCAGGAGUUUGUGGAGACGAUCCCCACCAAGGGCUUCAACAUGGAGCGGAUUAAGGUACCCAUGGGAAGCGCCAAAAGCAACAGCACCACCUUCCAGGUGUGGGACGUUGGCGGACAAGAUAAACUGAGGCCCCUCUGGAAGUCGUAUACCAGGAGGACUGAGGGGCUGGUAUUCGUGGUGGAUGCGGUCGAGGCUGAGCGCAUGGAGGAGGCCAAAGUGGAGCUCCACAGGAUUGCUCGUUCAGCGGAGAACCAGGGGGUGCCCGUACUGGUUCUGGCAAACAAACAGGACCUAGAUGGAGCCAUGUCAGCUACAGAGGUAGAGAAGGUGUUGGCCCUCCAUGAGCUGAGCUCGUCCACACUGCACCACACGCAGGGAUGCUCGGCGCUGGAUGGUCAGGGUCUGCAGCCUGGCCUCGAGAAACUCUACGAAAUGAUCCUGAAGAGGAAGAAGAUGCUGCGGCACAGCAAGAAGAAGAGAUGAGGGAGGGCAUGAGGACUCCAGUGAUGUAGGGGAUAGAGCUUACUUCCUGAGCCUCUGCUUGUCUAUGAAAAUGCAGCUCUCGGGGGUGAAACCAAGGGAAGGCUGGCAGUCCUUCAGGAGAGUUGCAUUGUUUCCAACCAAUUUCCAACU